ACCGAAGUAAUCGAGAAUAGGCAUCGCAGUGAACGCAGCGAAACAAUCAUUUACGCACCGCACUCACCGCAGUUAAAAAUGAUGACCAAAAUCUUUGUUCUUAUUGGCGCUCUCGUAGCCGUCUGUUCGGUCUGUUUCGCCGGUGCCGGCGCCGGAGUGAUUCCUGCAGCGAUUCCGGCAAUUCCAGCGGCGCCCGCAGCUCUGACAGUCGGUACCUACGCCACGAGUUACAAUGCACAUGCCAUCAAUCACGCCAUUGCCGCUCCAUACGUAGCGGCUCCACCAUUGGCUUAUUCCGCUUAUUCCGCUUAUCCCGCUCUACCGGCGGCGGCUUAUUCGGCUUAUUCCGCCCCUAUCAUCGCCGGAAGACGCUAAAAACAGCUGAAAAAAAAAACAACAUUAAACCAUACUGACCUCUGUCUGUUAGAUCUGACAAACACUAAUUGGCAAUUGAUAUAUCGACAUACGAUAUCUAAUUUUUUUCAUAAUUUCUUCUUUACAUUAUACAAUGAUAUACACCUUGUGAUUGUGAUUUUUUAUUCCAUUCCAUCUAUUUUCCGUCCUUUACACAAAUCCUGAUUCUCUGC